AUGUCGGGCUGCAGCUCCUUUGCACAGACCCUGCGCAAGGGCUCCUCAAACACCACCUGCCCGCUCUGCCGAGCUCCAGUCGAAGAGACGGCGGCGGCCAAGCCCAGCCGAGUCGGGACGGCGGCAGAGGCGACAGAGGCUGCACCGCGGGAGGCGGAGGCUGCACCGCCGGCUGGGGCACGUGCGCUGCCGCCUAAGGCGUGUGUGCCGCCCGCGUCCUACACGCCGGCGCCGGCGCAGGCCCCGCUGCGUCGAAACGUGCGUCGCAUCCGGGCGGAGCUCUCGCUGGCGGACGGCCCUCUUCUGGUGGUGCUGCGCAGCGCUCACGAGGCGCUCGACCUGACUCCGUCCGGUGGAGUCCUCCAGCAGACAGAGAGGCUGCUGGUCGAGCUCUUUGGGCACACCUGA